CUAACCCUGGCCCUCCCGGACGUUGCCGCGCUCCUCCCUCCUCCCCUCGCCUCUCCUUGGAGGGCCCGCGGCCACGGCUGGGCGCGUGUGGCGGCCAUGCCGAAGGCACGGAACAAGACCGCUGCCAUGCUGUCGGACCUGGACGAGGCCAAGGAGGAGGUCAAGAGGCAGGCGCUGGAGGAGGCCAAGGGCUUGGUGAAACACGACGUCCAGUCCGCGAAGGAGCAGCUCAAGGACGAGAUCGGCCCGCAGGUCCGGAGCGCGGCCGCGCUUGCGGAGGGCGCCGGCGCGAAGGCGCAGAGCGCGGCGGAGACGGCGUCCGCCCUGGGCGCAGACGUGGGCGGCCUGCGGGACGGUUUGCAGGAGCUGAAGCACAAGCUCCGGACGGAUAUGCAGAACGGGGACGCCCAGGUGCGCCAGCACGUCGCCGACGAGCUGCAGCAGAUGGGGGUCAAGUUCGACGAGCAGCUGCUGAAGCUGGCGACGCGGAUAGAGGGGAUGGUGGCGGAGCGCGCCUCCGGCGUGGUGGGCGAGGCCGCCGCCCGCAUGCGCGCCGACCUGGAGGCCACCGCCGCCGGCCUGCGCCAGGAGACUGCCGCGGCCUGCGCGGAGGUGCGAGAGGAGCUCGGCGGCACGCUCACCGCCGAGGUGGCGGGCAUCAAGGCGAAGAACGCCCAGCAGGACAAGGAGUUGGAGAGCACCAAGAAGAGGCUCAUGGCGGACAUUAGCGCGCAGGAGGAGAGCCUGCGGUCGCAGACCCGGCGGCUGGAGGAGAGCUCGAAGCGCGCGAUGGCCGAGGCGCAGGGCUCUCUGGAGACGGCCAGCCGGGAGGCGACGGAGCGGCUGCGGGUGCU